CCGUCAGUCGAUUUAGAAAUAAAAUCGCCCACCACUUCCGCGUCUUGGAUCCGCUCCGUCUUUCCUGUGCUAAUUUGAAGCGCCAGCCAUGAAAUAGGGCUCAUAGGGACACUGCGAAAGCCUUGCUAUGUAAUAAACAGACGAGAUGAUUUACUUUGAUGACUAAUUUGGCUCCAGUGGAUUCAUUUGAGAUGAGACAAGAAAGGAAAUGAAUAGCUUUUUUGGAUAACUGCUGUCGGAACAGGAGGGACAAUGAAGCUCAGACAGCGCGUGGUGCUGACGUCACUAGUUUGUGUGGCCCUGACAAUUGUGGUGCUCUAUAAACUCUCGCAGAGAAAGUCAGUGACUGAAAUGAUUGGGAAUCUUCCAAGGUUUAACUUUCCGGGAGCUGGCGAUACUCUUGUGUUUUCCGGUUCCUGUGUUGGCAAGCGAGUGACGUCAGACUAUAUGGUGGAGGAAAUGUAUGACGAAAUGAACUUUACUACAAACACAAGAAAAAGUGGUGGGCUCUAUGUUCUUCACGAGAAGAGCGAGGAAUAUAAGAGACAUCAGAAGAAAGGCAACGAACCAUUACAAAUCAUUGUAGUCCCGCAUUCUCAUAACGACCCAGGCUGGCUGUGGACCCUAGAGACCUACUACACGGUCAGAACACGGAGCAUCCUCACCAACACCGUGCUGUUCCUUGAGAAAUACCCAGACUUCCGAAUGAUAUGGACAGAGACCGUAUUUCUGGAUAUAUGGUGGAAAGAAAGUCCCCUUGACAUGCAGAACAAGUUCAAGGAUCUGGUAAAGCAGGGUAGGAUCGAGAUACUGUCCGGGGGAUGGGUGUCGGUAGACGAGGCCACUACUCACUACACCGCUGUCAUUGACCAGCUGGUGGAGGGGCACCUUUGGAUCAAAGAAAUUCUGGGUGUCACUCCAAAUAUCAGCUGGUCAAUCGACCCGUUUGGAUAUUCCACUAGUUUACCCUACUUGUGGUAUAAAUCUGGUAUGAGCGACAUGACUAUAUUACGAGUUCAUGGUGCACUAAAGCAGUACAUGGGUCAUCGUCACGUAAUGACGUUCAAUUGGCGCCAACCGUGGGACUUACCGGGGAAAAACGACAUUCUAUGUCACGUGGAACCGUACACCUUGUAUAACAUUGAGUAUAGCUGUGGACCAGACCAAGAAGUGUGCGCAGUGAUGGACUUUGGGCGACGAGCUGGCCUUCCUGAUGAUAAGAAUCAAGCGAUUCCCAUCGGGGAUGGCGGUAGGCAAGCCAAGAAUCUUCACGAGUAUGCAUCCAUGGUAGCUGACCAGUACCGGAAAAAGGCAGCGCACUAUCAGCAUGACGUGCUACUGAUGCCUCAUGGUGACGACUUUAGGUACAUAAUGGAUCACGAAUUCCAAUCGAACUACGUCAACAUGAAAAAACUCAUGGAUCACAUAAACUCGAGGAAAGAGCUGAACAUUCAGAUGCGAUUUGGAACAGUGGGUGAAUAUUUUGACGAGGUUCAUAAGAGUAUCGCCAAGUAUGGUCAGCCCGACAAAUCGCUAACGGGGGACUUCUUCACCUACACGGAUCGAGACGAUGAGUAUUGGAGCGGAUAUUAUACCUCACGGCCGUUUGACAAACGCAUGAUUAGGUAUCUGUUAGAAGUUUUAAAAACAGCCGAGAUGUUGACCUCGUUUGCCGUGUAUCGGGCGGAACAACAAGGUUAUCCCUACAAAAAUGUACAAGCUGUUCUGAAAAACCUACAAGACGCCAGACGUACCCAUGGUUUGGUACAGCACCAUGACGCAAUCACUGGAACCUCUGCUCACCCGACGGUGGUGGAUUUUGAAAACAGGAUUACCGCCGCCAUUACCCAACUUCAAGGGGUUAUCUCAAGAGACAUUGAAAGUCUUCUCUUGAAAGAAACGGCGAACACGAAUAUCAACAUCGCUCCAAUCCACUUCCAAUCCAAACCUACCGAUCCUUUGGAGAAACGCACCGUCGCAGUCUCAGAGUCUGGAACACAGGUUAUCUUCACUAAUUCGUACACACAAAAGCGUAAAGAUUACGUCAGUCUGAUUGUCAAUUCUCCAACAAUUAAAGUUUUCGAUCAACAUGAUAAAGAGGUUCUGGGUGUCCAGAUCAAUCCUUGCUGGUAUAACCAGAAGACUAUCGCUAAGGGAAUGUUUGAAGCAAUAUUCCCGGUAGAAAUACAAGCUAUGUCCUUUGCAAUAUUUGUCCUAAAAAGAUCGAAAAAUAGCUCCCCUCAUUACUCUGGUGUGAAGGUCAUCAACGGGAAAGUUAUUUCUCCAUUACCAGACAUAUUCAAGCCAGAGGAAGCCAACCCAACCCAAGAGGGGUUUACCGUCAAUACUCGGCAGUUAGAUGUCACUUUUUCCAAAAAAGGUUUAUUAAAAUCAGUUUGUCGGAAAGGAAAAAAUGAAAAACUCUGUACCGAUAUUAAAGUAGGUUGGCAUUGGUACAAAGGGGUGAACAGCAACGCAUAUUGUUUUGGAACGGACGAAACGAAAACGAGGCUGUUCGUUGAGGAUGUGAUGGUGAGAGUUGUAUCCGGUUUGUACAGUACCACGGUGAUUAUAAAUCACGCGUUACUACAACACACCACCACCAUUUAUAACACCAAUGAUAUACACGGAAAGUAUGUGUACAUCGAAAACGUGGCUACCUUACUGUUAGCAGAAGACAGGGACAAAGAACUAUUCAUGGAGCUCCAAACCUCGGUACAAAACCCGAACAUGCAAUACUAUACCGACUCAAACUCAUUCCAGUUGAUCAGCAGGCAAACACGGAAAAACUAUCCAAUGCCUGCUAAUAUUUUCCCAGUUACGUCCAUGGCAGUUCUGGAAGACCCUGAAACGAGACUGAUGGUGCAUGUCGCCCAGCCUCUGGGUGUAGGAAGCUUCCGGUCCGGUUCCCUUGAAUUUCUGAUUGACCGAGUUCCCACCUCCUCAGGAAAAGGUUUGGAGGAACCUGUGACCGACAAUAAACCAACUGUCAGUAAAUUUAUUAUACAAGUCGAAAGUUUCAACAAAGAGGAACCUCUGACCAAAGAUCACCGGCUACGACUAGCCCAUCCAUCAAUGGAGAGCUUCCUUAUCAAUGACUUCCUUCAACAUCCACUACUUCCGUUCGUUGCCAGCCGGAAAUACGAAACGAAAGAACUUAGUUUCUUAAAGUCAGACUUCCCGUGCAAUUUAGUGAUAGCGAACUUGAAAACCUUUAUAUCUGAACAACAGAACUCGCUGGGUACCGGCUUAACACUGCACCAGCGUGAGCCAUCGUGCCGGGUUUCCAGUGCGAAUCCACCGUGUUCAUCUGCUGUGUCCAGACUCAAGUUGUAUGAUAUAUUCACUGAUCUCAAGAUUAAGAAUGCGCAGAGAAUGUCUUUAACGUACCUUCAUGAGAAGGAGGCAUUGACGCAGAACUCAGAAGUGAAUAUCAAUAGUAUGGAAUUAGAAUCUUUUAAAAUCCAAUGGUCAUAGCAGGGUCUUAUUAUAUAUGCAUAUUUCAUAAAUUCACCCAUAAUUUAUUUCAUUUUGCGUUCAUUAACACUAAGAUUUGUUGUACAUCCCGUACAUUAUUGGAUGUACAUGUUUUAUUGUUUACGAGUUUUGUACAUUCCAACUUAUCACAGUUGUUCAAACAAUUAAAAAAAGUAUAAAUAUGAGAA